AUGUCUGUCGCGGUGGUACAGACGAAAGCUUGGCACAGUUUCCGUGGAAGACUUAUUCACGCAAUUCAAGAGUCUUCCCUACGCGGCAAUCCUCCUUCGGUUUCCGGUGCAGCCGCAUCACGAAUUCCUUUCAACCUACUUUCCCCUCGAACUGGGGUUAUGCUACAAUAUUUUGUUGAGGAAUUGUUCGAAACCCACUUUUUCUUCAUGUCUUCCAUGUGGUUGAUGUCACCACAUGCAGACUCUGUAUGA